AUGCCUGAAGCCCUGACAUACAAUCAACAUCCGCAACACGAUACGGUGACACCCGAUGCCAGUAUGCCCGAAGCCCUGACACUCAAUCAACAUCCACAACACGAUUCGGUGAUACCCGAUAGCAGCAUGCCUGAAGCCCUGACGUUCAACCAACACGCUCAAGCC